AUGGCGAUUUUCGACAAAACAAUGAAGCCGUUGUUCAAUCGGAUUCUCGAGGCGAAAAAUUUCGUCGCCAAAUUGCCCGGCCUUUUCUUUGUCCAUUUAUGGAUUUAUGCGUUUGUCUGGUUUUCGAUUAAUAUCAUUGGUUUAAGCUUCUCACGAAUCGCGUGCUUUUCCUCCAUCGGACCAUCAAAACUAUUCACCAUAUAUUUUUCAUUCAACGCCUCCAUCUUCAUUGGAGCUCUGAUUCACUCAAAUAUAACCAGAAGAUUCCCCAUAAAAUACGUGCUGUCGACAUGCAUCCUUCUAAUCUCAUUGUGCUUCUGCCUUCUUCCCCAUACUGUUGGGAUGGUGCUGUGCACAAGUGUGUUCGUCAUAAUGGGAGCUUCUUUGGGAGCAUGUCUAUCCGCAGUUACAGUAUCCUUUACAGUAAUAUUCCGACAAACCAGCUAUCUAUUAGUUCAGCUGUUUCAUCUCGUUGGAUCAAUCGGCACCGUGAACGCCGUCAUUCUCUAUCAAGACGCUUCCAGCUCCCAUCAGGACGAUUGUCAGUUGAUGAUCAGUCCGAUUCUGCACGGCGGCCCGAGAAUCCCGAGCCUUGAGAAAUUCUACCUAAACCCCAGCAUUCAUCAGCACUACAUGUAUUAUGCGAUUGCAGCAUUACAGAUUCCGAUUAUCGUCACAAUUAUUCGUCUAGACUUCACGCCACUUCUUCGAAAUUGGAUAUCGAUUAGAAGGACGCCGGCAGAAGCGACACCCGAAAAUUGUCAGAGCCUAACUCAACAGAGCGAUGUAAAUGCUCUGAAGCUUGUGCUCCUUUGCUCGGUGGUGGCUUGCAUUGUCAACAUUAUCCAUGCAUUAUUCCCAUUCUUGAUAUUGGCACAGCCGAACGGCACCAUUCUACAUUUUCAGUUUUUCGCGAUUUCCUUCAUGUGGGGUCGUUUGAUGGCGGUGUUCUGCUCGGAUUAUAUGGCUCCAUAUUUUCUACUCGGAUGCUCUAUCUUUGGUUGUGGCGUCGGAUGCUGCAUGACAUCCGCAGAGGACCUCCUACCGUUUGGAUCCGUCAUUCUUGGCUUCUUCCUUUCGCUGGCUCUUCCAGCUCUUGUGUCCUACAUCAAUCAAGGACUCUCUCUUAAAUCCAGCAAUACAAUGUUGCUAAUGUCCGGACAUUGUUCGGGUUACGUACUUUCGCCGCUGCUUCUCACCUUGACGUCAUCGUCAAACUCGAGAUUGUUCAUUGGUUUGAAUUUCUUGGCGAUCAUCUCCAUGGUGGUCAUACUCGUUUCAAUUCUGAGUAUUCACGCUCAAAUCGAGCGUGUGCAAGCAUCUCAGAGUGGCUUAAAUCUAUUUGUUUCGCGAUUUUUGUCCGGCGAAUCGCUGCUCAAAAGAACGCGAUCAAUUCGACCGCUAAUCUCGAGACUGCGACCAAAUUCCUAUAGAAGAUUCGCCAAUCGACGCGGUCUUCGAACACCAUCGCCGAUGCCGAACAGCCCAUCGCCGCGUGUCCGAAGCCCAUCGCCGCGACCUCGAACACCGUCGUUGACGGCUCGCCACGCCGUCACAGAAGUCACCGUGCCGAUCGACGUGUUGAAUCAAAUCAGUCAGAAUGACAAGAAGCUUCUCACACCGACAAGAGUCUAA